AUUUUCCCAACAACCAACAAAGUACAUUCUUUCUUUCUCUUUCUUCAGCUUUUCUCCUCCAUUAUUUGAUUUUUCUCUCUCUUUUUUUAUUCUGACAGCCAAACCAAACUCUCUCUCUCUCUCUCUCCACACAGUGUACUACAUUUCUCUCGCUGGCAUGGGCCAUUAUUAUCAGCGUCAGGUGUCUGCUUUGCUAGCUUUUCACUCGCCUCUCCUCUCCACUUCCUUUUACUAUUCUUAGAACUAAACUAAAUUCGGUCCAUAUCUUUCACUUUUCUCUUUCUCUUUUCCUCUCAACAAACGUUCUUCUGUCGUCAUCAUGACCCAAAACACCACCAUGAAUGUACUAUAGACCUCACUUAUGGAACCGGGUUCAGGCUCUUUUUCUGACUCAGGUGCUGUCGGUGGUCCUGGUGGUAGUGGUUCUUCAUCUUCCCCUCCUAACUCCUCAACUGAGUCGCUUAAUGGUCUUAAGUUUGGUCAAAAAAUCUAUUUUGAGGAUGCCGGCAGUGCUUCCGGGGCUCCAGGUAAACCAUGUUCUUCAUCCGGGUCCGGGUCAGGGAAGAAAGUGAGAAGUGGUGGUGGUGGAGCUUUGCAAAGUGGGCAGCCACCAAGGUGCCAGGUCGAGGGCUGUAAAGUGGAUCUAAGCGAUGCUAAGGCUUACUAUUCUAGGCAUAAAGUUUGUGGCAUGCAUUCAAAGUCUCCUAUGGUCAUUGUUGCAGGUCUUGAGCAAAGGUUUUGCCAACAAUGUAGCAGAUUUCAUCAGCUUGCUGAAUUUGACCAAGGAAAAAGAAGCUGCCGCAGGCGCCUGGCAGGCCAUAAUGAGCGCCGGAGGAAGCCACCACCUGGAUCAUUGUUAGCCACUCGCUAUGGCAGGAUCUCUUCGUCUGUCUUUGAAAGCAGCGGCAGAGGUGGAGGAUUUCUUGUCAACUUCAGUGCAUACCCAAGAACUGGUGCUAGUGAUGCAUGGCCAUUGACAAGACUGCCUGACCGGCUGCCUGGGAAUCAAAGCACUGCAACAGCAAGACAUCUUCCACAUCCACCAUGGCAGAAUCAUUCUCCAAAUCCCACAUCUGAUCUUUUCUUACAAGGUCCAACAGAUGGGACUGGUUUUUCCGGUCCUGGAAUCACUUCAGGGGAUUGCUUCACAGGAGUUGCUGACUCAAGCUGUGCUCUCUCUCUUCUGUCAAAUCAACCAUGGGGCUCUAGACACCGUGUACCGGGUCUUGGAGUGAGUGACUUGAUGCAUGCACAAGGUGCAUCCAUAAAUCAGCCUACGUCGCCUCAUGGUACGGCUGUUAAUCCAUAUCCAAAUAUAUCUUGGGGUUUCAAGGGCAACGAAGCCAGUAGCAGUUUGCAGCUGGUGCCCCCUCAUCUUGGUUUGGGACAAAUUUCACAGCCUGUUAACAGUCAACUUUCUGGCGAACUCGAGUCGUCUCAGCUAAAUCAGAGGCAAUACAUGGAACUUGACAACUCCAGGGAUUAUGAUGACGCUACACAGCAGAUGCACUGGUCACUUUAAGUGCCCCCAUUUGAUCCCAGUUCUUAUGGAACAUGAACAACCAGGACUUGUGACCACUCUUGUUAGUAAAUGCACUGAUUUUCUGUCUGGUCUUAUGAAUUAGAAUAAUCUUUUGCAAACAAUACAGCAGGUGACCUUGUCUUUUGUUUUUUUGGUUAAGAUACAACCAAACUGACUGUAGGUUUGUGUCUUUUUAAGGUUGUGAAAUCUGAUGUACUGAUAAAACACCUGUGUUUAAGUCUUGUUCUAAGCUACUAGCAAUUAGCUAGUGUUCGUGAAGUAACAAGUAGCUGGUGUUGGGCUAAAA